AUGCCUUUCGAAUUACGUCCAAUGGCCAAGGAAGAUGUACAGGAAGCAACUACGCUCCGGCUGGCAAGCUAUGAGAACAAUGCCUUUACAGCCAUCAUGCUUCCAACCGGUAUGAGCCAGGCCAACAUGGACAGAAUGGUGAAGGGUCGUCAAAAAGCUAUUGAUGAUCCCGACAACUACGCCCUCAAGAUUGUCGACACGGAUAACAAUGACAAGAUGGCUGGAUGUGCUGUCUGGGAAUAUACAAAGGCAAUGAGCGACGAAGACUGGGCGCGUGCGAGAAAGGAAGCGUUGAAUGCAUAUCCGGAGGCGAACAUGGAUAUAUUGGGCGAAUUUCUUGUCAAGGACCAGGAUUUAAGACGCAAAGUCAUGGGUCAUACGAGGUGGUGGGAAUUGGUCGCUCUCGCCACGCUGCCAAUAUAUCAACGCCGAGGCGUUGGAUCCAUGCUCAUGGAGUGGGGAACAGACAAACUCGAAGAGAUGAAAGUGCCAGGAUUUAUUGUAGCAACGGAUCAGGGGUAUGGCUCAUAUCUAAAGCAUGGUUUUAAAGAGGUUGAGCGCUGGGACACUGAUCUGAGUCGGUGGCUUCCGGGAAAGGGGAUGUAUAAGAAUGUCUUCUUAACAAGGAUGCCUUCGGGUUAUGCAGCGUCUUCUUCGUAA